UUGAAAUUCGGAGGCAGCCGCAUCUGGUUGCAGAAUUUUCAUCCUUGCGAGAAAUUGCAUUUUUCCAGUUGUUGUUGACGUUUUCAAUCCGAAGUACCUCCUGCACAUUGUCUAAAAUGGCAAACCGAAACCUCAAACAGGUUAACAUUCAAAACAGUGGUUCUCCAACACCACCACAGCAUCAGAAGCGCAACGCCGAUUCUCCAAUGGACCGAAGACCAAACAUGGAGGAAGGAGCACAACCCCCUCCAGUAGUCAGCCCUGGAGCUGAAAAUGCUGGAGGAGAUGAAUCGACUGAGAUGACACUAGACCUGAAAAGCUUUCGUAGGCCUGGCGAGAAAACAUUCACACAAAGGUGUCGAUUGUUUGUUGGUAACCUACCAAACGACAUAACCGAAGAUGGUUUCAAAAAAUUGUUUUCCAAAUAUGGAGAGGCAAACGAAGUGUUCAUCAACCGAGAUAGAGGCUUUGGUUUUAUCCGACUGGAAACCAGGACUAUCGCAGAAAUAGCCAAAGCAGAAUUGGAUGGUACCGUGCUGAAGAACAGGCCUAUUCGGGUCCGCUUCGCGACUCACGGGGCAGCGUUGACCGUCCGCAACCUCUCUCCUGUGGUCUCCAACGAGUUGCUGGACGAGGCAUUCAGUCAGUUCGGCCCCGUGGAGAGGGCAAUUGUACAGGUGGACGAUCGUGGACGACCCACGGGGAAGGGCUUCGUUGAGUUCGCCAACAAACCUGCCGCAAGGAAGGCACUGGACCGGUGCAAUGAGGGAGCGCUUCUCCUCACCACGUCACCUCGCCCAGUGGUUGUGGAGAUGACCGAACAGUAUGAUGAAGAAGAUGGCCUUCCCGAGAAGCUGCUGCAGAAAUCAGCCCAUUUUCACAAGGAGAGGGAGCAGAUUCCUCGCUUUGCUGCGCCAGGCACCUUUGAGUUCGAGUACUCGUCGCGCUGGAAGGCGUUGGACGAGAUGGAGAAGCAGCAGAGGGACCAGGUGGACCGCAACAUCCGGGAAGCGCGCGAGAAAAUGGAGACUGAGAUGGAGGCAGCCAAGCACGAACACCAACUCAUGAUGAUGAGGCAAGAUCUAAUGAGACGUCAGGAAGAGCUGCGUCGCCUGGAGGAGCUAAGGAACCAGGAACUGCAGAAACGCAAGCAGAUGGAAAUGAGACACGAGGAGGAGAGGCGUCGGCGGGAGGAGGAGAUGAUGCAGAGGCACCCUGAUGAGAUGCGGAGACAGGACGACAUGCGCAGACAGCAGGAUGACAUGCGGCGCCAGCAGGACGGUGGCUUCAAGCCCAACUUCAUGGACAACAGGGAACAGGAUAUGAGAAUGAAUGAAAUGGGUCCUCGUGGAGGCAUUAAUAUGGGAGAUGCGUAUAACUCAUCAGCUGUCGGCGGGGGCAACCAGGCUCCUUCUCAAAUGAUGGGUAUGGGGCUGGCCGGCCCUGGCCGGGGCGGAGCCAUGGGAAACGCCAUGGGCAACGAGGGGACGCCAUUGAUGCCUGAUAAUGGAGUCAUGCGCAAUGAUCGGUACCCCCAGACUGGUCCUUCUCAGAUGGUGCCCCCCAUGGGUGGGCGCUCGGGGGUGGACUCUCCUCAGCAGCAACAGCAGCAGCAACAGCAACAGCAACAACAGCAGCAGCAGCAGCAGCAGCAAGGCUUGGGUGGCGGUCCUGGGCCCAUGGGUGGCGUGGGAGGACCUGGGCCCAUGGGUGGUGUUGGGGGGCCAGGGCCCAUGGGUGGCGUGGGGGGACCUGGGCCCAUGGGUGGUGUUGGGGGGCCAGGAUUGAUGGGUAGUGUUGGAGGGCCAGGGGGCAUAGGUGGUGGCGUUGGGGGGCCUGGAGUGAUGGGUGGUGGCGUUGGAGGGCCGGGGUUGAUGGGUGUGGGCCCGGGUGCUUUUGGCCGUGGAAGCCCAGUCGGCGGGAACUUCGAUGGGCCCAACAACAAGCGCCGUAGGUUUUGAAUUGAGCAAUGAUUGGUCAUAGAUUCUUUUUUUGUUCCGUCCUUUUCUCCUCAUUUAUUUUCUUAAUUCCUGUAAAUACUCCGAUGUACACAUGUUGGUGGGAUGGAUUGUAGUCCUGUUUUUCAUAAUGGUUACUGUAGUGUUACUGUCCAACUGCUUUAGUUCAGGCUUGGCUCGUAAUGUGCUGUCAUCUUUUGCAGCUUUGUGUGCCUAAUACUUACCGCAACAUGAUAUUCAGCAUGAACCACCUUUGCAGAUCUGGCCAUUUUAAAAAAAUCCUAUGUAAUCAUUAGAAACAACUGUGAACACAUCUUGCUGUCAUGAAGCAAUGUUUGUAGUCUGAGGUAUGACAUAUUUUUUUCUUACUUUUUAUUCCAUGAACAUCUACACUGUGAUUUCCUUUUUUGCCUACCUAAGUUUGGCUUAUUGUGUUUACCGUUGCAUGCUUGAUUAGGGUUGAACAUAAAUGCAUCUUGUUCCGUUAAGUGAUAUGCACAAUAAACCCAUUUUGAAAUGUC